AGCAGACGGGGGUUCCAACUUCCAAGAGAGAAAAGAAAAGUCUCUGUAAAAAAGAGCUUCUUUGACUCUCUCUUUCAAUGAAGAAUUUAGUUUUCACACCUUCACGAAAUAACAACUUUCUUCUCAUUUUCACAUUUCUUCUUUUAAUUCUUCUCAUAUCACAGCUACCCUUUUUCUCUUCUCAAUUCUAAUCUCCAUACACAAACCCAAAAUCCAAAAAACAUAAAUAAAAAGGCAACAUUUUUUUCUGCAGGAUUUGAUAUUUUGAAAUUGUUAUGGGAAAUUGUUGUGGGACAGUUGCUAAAUCUUCUGAGAAAAAGAAGAACAAGAAUAAGAACAAACCAAACCCUUUUGCUCUUGAUUAUGGGGGUGCAACAUCUCAAAGUGAUGGAAACAAAAAGCUUAUUGUGUUGAAAGAUCCAACAGGGCAUAAUAUUCAAGAAAAAUAUGAUCUUGGUCGAGAACUCGGUAGAGGAGAAUUUGGGGUUACAUAUUUAUGUACUGAUAAUGAUACAGGAGAGAAAUAUGCUUGCAAAUCGAUAUUGAAGAAGAAACUUAGGACUGCUAUAGAUAUCGAUGAUGUUAGGAGAGAGGUUGAGAUUAUGAAGCAUUUGCCUAAACAUCCUAAUAUUGUGACUUUGAAGGAUACUUAUGAGGAUGAUAAUGCAGUGCACAUUGUGAUGGAACUUUGUGAGGGUGGCGAGUUGUUUGAUAGGAUUGUUGCUAGGGGACAUUAUACGGAGAGAGCAGCCGCCUUUAUAAUGAAGACUAUAGUAGAAGUUGUUCAGAUGUGUCAUAUGCAUGGAGUAAUGCAUCGUGAUCUCAAACCUGAGAACUUUCUCUUUGGUAACAAGAAAGAAACUGCUCCUCUGAAGGCUAUUGACUUUGGGUUGUCAGUGUUUUUCAAACCCGGGGAACGCUUUAAUGAGAUAGUUGGAAGUCCUUAUUACAUGGCUCCAGAGGUCCUAAAACGCAAUUAUGGCCCGGAGGUGGAUGUCUGGAGUGCUGGAGUUAUCCUUUACAUUCUUCUUUGUGGUGUUCCACCUUUCUGGGCAGAGACGGAACAAGGAGUAGCCCAAGCAAUUAUUCGCUCUGUGGUUGAUUUCAAGAGAGAUCCAUGGCCUAAGGUUUCUGAUAACGCAAAAGAUCUUGUAAAGAAGAUGCUUGAUCCAGAUCCAACUCGGCGGCUCACAGCUCAGCAGGUUCUUGAGCAUCCCUGGCUACAAAAUAUAAAGAAAGCACCAAACGUCUCAUUGGGCGAGACCGUGAAAGCAAGGCUCAAACAGUUUUCAGUAAUGAACAAGCUCAAGAAAAGAGCUCUAACGAUUAUUGCCGAGUUUUUAUCAGCUGAAGAAGUGGCUGGAAUGAAGGAAGCAUUUGAGAUGAUGGAUACAGGAAAGAAGGGCAAAAUUAACCUUGGAGAACUGAAAAUUGGUCUGCAAAAGCUGGGCCAUCAGAUCCCUGAUGCCGAUCUUCAGAUUCUUAUGGAAGCUGCUGAUGUUGAUGGAGAUGGAAGCUUGAAUUAUGGAGAGUUUGUGGCUGUAUCUGUUCAUCUUAGAAAGAUGGCAAAUGAUGAGCACCUGCACAAAGCGUUUUCAUUUUUCGACACAAAUCAGAGUGGUUACAUAGAAAUCGAGGAGCUGCGCAGUGCCUUGAGUGAUGAGGAUGGUGGCAACACUGAGGAGGUCAUCAAUGCCAUUAUGCAUGAUGUUGACACCGACAAGGAUGGUCGCAUUAGUUACGAGGAAUUCGCUGCGAUGAUGAAGGCUGGUACAGACUGGAGAAAAGCAUCGAGACAGUAUUCUCGUGAACGAUUCAACAGUCUCAGCUUAAAAUUGAUGAGGGACGGCUCGUUACAAGCCGGAAAUGAAGCUAGAUGAUCAAAUGCAGAAGAGCAAAAAUGUUAAAAGAGGAAAAAGGAAAUCAUUUUUAUGGAUAUUUCCCCUUUCUCUUUCCUUUAUUGAUUAUGAAAUUCUUCUUUUUCCCUCUUUCUUGCUCUGCAGUUCAAAUUUUUUCCUUCCUCCCCUUUGAGCUCCAUAGGAUUGAGGUGUGAGGUCUGCAACUUGUUACCCCCUAGGCAUCUAACAAAGAAUUUGUGAGGUCCUUUAACAUUGUUGUAAAUACAAGGAUUGGUUAUAAGCUCAUUCUCAUAUUAUCAAAAAACAAAACUGAAAAAUUAAGGCUAAUACAAAUCACUACUAAAUGUUGAAACUA